GUUGAAAAAUACCAAGUUGUAAACAGAGAGAAACUUAGCAUGGCAAUGAGAAGGGUAGGUUUUUCAUUCAUGUUGGUUACAUUGUUUUUUGCAUGCGCAACAACAAAUGACGAGAAGGACAAGGAGGAAUGUACGCAACAGUUGGUGGGGUUAGCCACGUGUUUGCAGUAUGUGGGAGGAAACGCAAAAUCUCCAACUCCAGAUUGUUGUAAUGGUCUCAAACAGUUGUUGAAAACCAACAGAAAGUGUUUGUGUGUGAUUGUUAAGGAUCGGAACGACCCGGAUUUGGGGCUUGACAUUAAUGUCACCCUUGCUUUAGGCCUCCCUUCUGUUUGUCAUGCCCCUGCCAACGUUUCCCAGUGCCCUGCUCUUCUACAUUUGGCUCCUAAUUCAGCAGAUGCCCAGGUGUUCUAUCAGUUUGGCCGUGCCAUGGUUUCGGGUAAUGCUACUGAGUCGGGCACUAGAGGCGCAGUUAAAGCUAAUGCAACACGGAGCAGCAGUAGUGAAACGAGCAGUGUUCCACAAAAGAACUCCGGGGGUGACAGUAAACAGGGAAGAUUUGAAUCGAAGUUGCAACUAGUGGUUCUUUUUGUAAUCGUCGACGUUAUAUUUCAAAUAUUUAACUAGUAAUCUUCGGUGACAGAGGCAGGUGUAAGUUAUAAGAUUUAAUGGUGGUUGUUCAUUCUCUCCUGCUGCAAUCUUGUGUUUCUUCCUUUGUAUAUCGUUUCAGUUUGUUAAUGGAAAUUGUCAGAUUUGUCGUA